AUGAUAAGAUUGGCUUUUGGGAAGCCAGCCACACACUCAAUAAGACGUCCUGUCACGUUACUACGAUGCUUAAGGCAUAGCUACCUGAGCAAAAACGAUAAUAAAAAGAAAGACGAGGAAUUAACUUCAAAGGAUGAGCUGAAAGGUCUCUUCAAGGUUAACCAGAAGUCCUCGUCAUCUGCUCCAGCUGAUAUGCCUAACGACCAGGGUCUUCAGAGCUUGAUGAAGAAGGAUAACAAACCCUAUGUUCCCAAAUUGAGACAUGAGCGACUUUCAUAUGAAAUGCCGGGCAUGCCUAAUGAGGAUGAGUUCACGAAAUUCUCGAACAAAGUUCAAAAGCCAAAGACUGUCACUCGAUGGAGCAGAUAUCUUCCAAAAAUCGUGGCUCUUGUGCUAGUGCUAUGGGGAGGCUACACCGUGAAAGUGUGGUACUAUCCAUCAGAGAAGGGCUCCGACAGUAAAGACCUCUUGGAUCCAGAGCACUUUCACCCUUUCAAGGUUACCCAUGUUAAACAAGUUGAUGAAGACCAUUAUUUGAUUGAGGUUCUUCCAAAGUUCAAGAAUUGGCAGUACAGUUAUUACGCUAACUACGAGGCAAAGACUGUUUGGAAUGGAGACAGGUUGUGGUCGGUAGAGAUCAUGCAGCCUCAAAUUCAGAUUGUUAGAUCCUACACGCCUUUGCCAUUAUACUUUAUGAAAUCUGAGAGAACUCGUUCAGGAGAAGAGGAGCCGCUUCUCAGAGUGAUAGACAAUGAUAGAGAAGAUUACGACAAGGGUGGAGUCAUGACAUUCUACAUCAAAAAGUACGACGAUGGAGAAAUGUCAAGGUACCUCACCUCACGGAAGGUCGGGGACAUCAUACAGAUAAGGGGCCCUUACACGGACUACAAGUUCCCAUACCAUCCCUUGAAGAAGUUCCAUCAAAGACCCAUGUUUAGAGACUUACCCUCGAAAGUUGAAUCCGAGGCUCUCUUGCCAGUGGUGAAAAAGCAAAAUAAUGUACCCGAUUUCGACAACCUUGCAUUUUACGGAGCUGGCACCGGAAUUGCUCCGAUAAUCCAGUGCUUGUUCUCAAGAAAUCCAUACAGAGGGUUUGUGGACAUCCACUUCUCGGCCCAAAAACCUUCUGAGCUUGACCCAUUCAAGAGAUACUUAUUUUUCCUCGAGAAACUAGACAGAGCUAAGUUGCAUACUCACUACGAUUCCCAGUUCAUGUCCAAGCUUGGUAAGAAGGACAUCCAGAGCCCACAGAAACCCCACUUCCAGAGCUCCAUGAGAGUUGAGCAAGAGGUGGGAGAAAAGGAAGAGCUUCUGGAGGACGAUAAGUUGAAGCUCAGAAUGGCCAUCAUGCGUGAUACUAAAGAGGAGGAAAUCUCCAAUGAACUCAUCCCAGCGAACGAAACACAGAGGGCUCCAAGAUACGAAAAUGCUUUACAACAAGCCCAAGUUACUGCCACCGAGCCUAAAGAACCACCUGCUCUUGCAGUGGUAUGCGGUCCAGAUGGAUAUGUAAGCUAUGUGGCUGGACAGAAGCUUUUGGAAACCAAUGAGCAAGGAGAAGUCAAAGGUCUUCUUGGCAGUAAAGGCUGGGAUAACUCCAACACAUUAUGCAACCAACUAGAUCAUCACGAGAAAGAGUACACUGGAAAACACUAUUCAUUGUCGACUAAGUUUGCAGACUAUGCAUUCUUUCCAAUAACAAAUUUGCUCAAACAGCCCUCACUACAGCCUGCUUCAACGAAACAUGUUCUUCACAUCAUUGGCUUCCUUCUAGCCCACUCUUGGCUGCACGAGAUCAACGAGACCCUAAUCGACCAAUUGUCUCCCAUCAUAGUUUACCUAUGUGGAGGCCAGAAGAAGAGCAUAGUUGUCUCAGAUGACGACCUCGGGUUCUACCAUCAAGUGAUCUACUGCAUCAAUCAGCUUGUUCGUUGCUUCCCUCGUGAUUAUUAUACCAAACAAGCUGAGAAGCGUUUGAGUGUUCUAGGCGACAUCACAACUCUUCUUCUAGAUUUGCUUGGAACUGUUCCGCAGCCUCUCGACCAAGAGCGUAACGAAUUGUCCAUGAAGGUCUUGGAGUGUCUCACUUGGCUCUACUCGGUGCGAGUCAAUGCCGAGCAGACCUCCUUCGUGUUCCCUGGAAUAAUCUCCAAGGUAGCGAACUUCGUCAUAAUUUCAAAAAACUUGCAUGCAAAGACCAUCAUUGCGGUCUUUGAACUUCUAAAGGCCUUGAUAGUGAAGAUCUUCUCUGACUCGAGUCUCGAUGCUAAGGUGGUAGAUACCUCGUUCACUAGCACGGAUCUAAGCUCACUUAAGGCAUUGUACGAUGACUCCGACGAGGCGAAACCUAACUCCAGAGAGUUAGUUAAGACGGAAGUCAAUACACCGAAAUCCAGUCAUAGAUCACAAGCAUGGCUUUCCGCUACUUCUAAGCAGCUCAAAAUUGCAUUAAUAACUAUCUUCAGGCAUCUCCUCAUAAAAAGGAGUGUACGAGACAAGAUAGUUACGAAUCUCAUCCUUCGGGAGUCUCUAUUUGCAUUCUUGAAAGAAGUCACCAGUCAAUGUUUCCGGUCGCUCUUCUCAGAUAUAAUUCUCACAUUCACCGACAUCACUUCGCUACUUAUUUUCAGUACCCUUGAACUGAACCCCGGUGAUUCUGAUGAGCUUUACGACAAGGGCACAAGCAUCUUCCUUGCCCAUGAUCGCGAUAACCUCAACAUUUUACGCAGAGCAUUAGAUCAAAAGGCUGAUGAUCUUGUCUCAAACCAAUUGUCACGAAUCUUCAUCUCUACAGAUGACGAGAAGGUGCACCUCACCCUUGUCGCAAUAAGAUUCCACCUUCAUUUAAUAGACAAGAUUGUUGACGACCUCGCAUCGAAUAAUUCAAUGGAGCUCAAGGAGCUUGCUGUUCUGCAAAUUUAUGAUGGCGUGAUAAACCGUGUUCUACAUUCGGAUGGGAAGAAACGCAAGAAAGACUCAAACAGAGAGCAUAGUUUGGAGUCAGUUGACGAUGACAACUCAAUGGAUUCCGUUGUUCUUCCGCUGCACAUCAACGCCAAAAGCAUCACAAAGAUCAGAAAAGAUACCACUCAAGUUUCGAAGCCCAAUAAAGCAAGUUUGAGUCAGCUCACUAGAGAAUUCAAUUUCUCAAGUGAUGGUCUCGUGAAAGAUUUGGAAUCUCUGUUUUUUUCAACCUCAUUUACUCCCGCAAUUGAAAAGGCCUUGCAGUCAUUCAUCCAGUAUGUUGGUGAGUCAGCAAGCAGUAUCGCUCCUAUAAUUGAGCAUUUGUCUAUGGAGCUGAGCAGAUCAAGCGACGCCCUUCUACGCAAGGGAGUUUUCUUGUGGGCGAGUAACACGUUAGUGCUGUCAUUUGAGAGAAAACAUAAACAGGCCAGUAUGAGCGACUUGGUUACUUUUUACGAUGACGAACCCCAGGAUGACUCUGUAGAAGAGUCGCUUUACUUGAUGCUUGAAAAUGCAAAAGCAGUAUUCAAUGAUAUGGAAGUGAUCAAGCAACAAGAAGACUCUCAUGAUUUGGUCCAAUCAACUAAUGAAGCCAACUUCUCGAUAGCCAUCAAGUCCUUGGGUAUCUUAUCAACGUCUUUCUCGAAGCAGGAUUUUGAGACAGAUGUAUUGAUGGACAACCUAUAUUUAUUACUCGAGGCAAUGACACACAGGUCAGAUAGUAUGGUCAAUCAGAUGGCUAGAAGUGUUUUGAGCUCAAUCGCUGAACGUUACUAUGAGGGAAGUCUACAGAGGCUUGUCGAGGCUAAUGCUGAUUAUUUGAUCGAUACAUUGAGUUUGAAGUUAACUAUGAACAGUGGCUUGACACCAUCCCUCCCGGGUAUCUUACUUGUUGUCCUCAAAAUCUCCGGUGUCGAAUUGGUGAAAUCUAACCAACUCAGAGACAUAUUGAGUGAGAUAUUCAUCGUCAUCGAUACCUUCCAUGGCUAUUCUGUCCUUGUGGAAAAUUUCUUCAUGGUAUUUGAAGAGGUAAUUGCAUUGAUAAAGAGCAUAUACUUGAGUGAAUUGCUUGAUUCAAACAAAUUGAAGUCAACAGAAGCUCAUGCGCCAUUUAAACCGUGGGGAAUCACAAAUCAUGACCAAUUCAUCGAUCUCCUAGAUGAAAAGAAUAGACAGGGGGAUCCUUUUUCAGACUAUGAUCCCGAAAAAGAGUAUUUUAAAAGGAAACCCGGUGUUCCUUUUGGAGAUCAGGACUCUGAUGAUGACAGCGAUGAUGAAGAAGAACCGGUAGAGCAACCACAGCCCUGGCCCUCACCUAUUCCUGAAGAUACCUACAAUCUUGUCCUUCAAGUUUUCAAGUACGGCUUGCAACUACUCACUCAUCCGUCUAUAAAGCUUAGAUUGACAAUAUUUAAGACCUUGGAAAAUGCUUAUCUCAUGGUAGCAUCCAAUUAUGAGAGACUCAUGCCCGUAUUGGCGGAAAGUUGGCCUGUCUUGAUGUCUCUUGUCUCGGGAACAAAAACGGUCUCGGAUUGGGAAAGUGCAAACUUCGAACAUUCGCAACUUACGGGUCCAGCAAUUCACUUUGCCACAACGAUUUUUGCCGAGGAUGCGAAGCAUCAAGCAUUCAUGAGCCGAAGAUUUCUUGAUCUCUGGGACUUUCUCAAAAAGCAUAACCUGAUGUUCACAUUAGACCUGAAAGUAAGUGAGUCUAAAGCCGUCGUUUCAGGAGACAGAUCCCUCACCAGACAGCGCUAG